UUGAGUUUAGUUGAGAACUAACCAUUGUGGCGUUUGUUUCGUGCAUAUGUGCUAUUAGCUUCUUUUAAACAAAUAAAUAUUGAAUUACAUAUUCAACAAUAAUUCUCGGUAGAAAAUAAAAACAGAAUUCUUAAAAAAAAAAAAACAAAAAGUGCUGACUCUAUAUUAUUAUAUUACUUUUGGAAUAUAAUUAUUAUUUCGAAAUAUUCCAACAAAGUACAUACCUAUGUAACUUACUUUCUGUGUGUAUUUUUGUCCCAAAAAAUAAUUUAAUCGAGUGUGCCAAUUUCGGUGUGGCAGUGUAAUGAAAUAACGGAAAUAUUUUUCAUAGCAGAAAUUGUUAUUGUUAACCGACCGACUUAAAUUUAAAACCAAAAAACUGUUAACUAGUACAAUCAUAGUGCUUGUUAACAAAAUAAAAAAAGAAAACUCUUUUUUGACGAUCAAACAUAUUUUGUUGUUUAAAAUAUAAACCGAAAUAAAUUUAUAUACAAAAAUAAAAACAAUUUAAAUGAAAAAUCGAGUAGUGACUGGUAGUUUAUUGCUUACGAUCGCACAACAAAUGGAUAAAGCUGCUCUUUUAUCAUUCAGCAGAAUAAAAUACGAAAAUUAUUCCCUAACAAGCAUUUAGAGUGUUUUGGGAAAAUUUCCAAUAAACAAAAACACAUCAAUCCGAAUCAUCCUGCAAUAGAACAGAAAAACCAUCAACAACUUAAAGAAGGAAGGACAUCUUUCCCACAACACACAACAAAAUAUACCUACCUAUAUAAAUUUAUUUAUUGAUUUUCUUCUUUCGGGGUUGAAAACCACCAGCAUUUUCUGUGAUAUUUUUUCACCACGUGAAACUCUGCAUAGUUAAGCUGAACUCUCACAUAAAACUCCAUAGAAUUUUUGGCCACCCUAACAAUCUAUACGAGUAGAAGGAGCAAAAGGGAUAAAACAUACAUAACAAAGGACAGCAACAACCAAACGAAAAAUAAACUCCACGUUAGUUUCUUGUAACCUUUAAGAAAACAAGCUGAAAAUUAUAACAUCAAACAAAAUGUCUUCCCUACCGGAGAAAUCGCAGCCCAUAACUGCAGCAAUAACUGCAACUUCAAGUAUAAUUUCUUCAUCAUCAUCAACAACAACAUCGUCGUUAACGAAACCAAUGAUGACGAAGACAUUUUUCUUUCGAUCAGAUUCGAUCAAAAAAAUCAAAUGCACUGCCGCUUACCCUUUUCAAGUUGCUGGUUUGAAACUAAGCAAAAGUGCAUUGAUUGAGCUUUUGGAAACUAACAUUAAAAAAGCUCGUAUUUGUACUCAAAAAGCUAUGCUCAACUUUUAUUGUAUGAUUUUAAAGCUUCUCAGUACGCUUUUUGCACUUUGGGAUGAAAAAGUUCAAAAGAAAGCUUAUUUCCGACAAACAACAUCAACAACAACAACUGCUGGAACAACAAUGUUGGAUAGUGAAAGCUCAACUGCAACCAAAAUUAAUAAUGCUAAAUUAACCACCAACCCCAACGAAUCACCAAUUCAAUCCUACCAAAGUCGCAUUUCUGAGAAACUGAUUCGAAUUCAAAUGCACAAACGACGUUUAAGUGGAAACAGUUUGAUUCCAUCAUCGUCUUCAAUAAGUAGUGCCAGUUUGACUCCCAAAUCAACAUCAACCUCUGUUUCAACACCAUUAUCAACAACUCCAUCCUCAUCUACCAACGAUCUCAGCCGCCGUCAAAGUUUCUCCUCGUCCUCGUCCACUGAAAGUCUCAGAUUGUCAAGGACCCACCUUUACAAAUCGAAAUUACAUGAAUACUGUUUGGUCUUUUGCGUACACGCUGGUCUAGUCGUAAUGUACUCACAGGUUGUGAUUCUCGGAAUAGCCCUAAACACUACUUAUAUUCCUUCUGGAUUGAUCUUUAUGUUGUCUACCAUUGGACUUAUUGGAUAUAUUUUUGUCAAAGUAUCCUUAAUGAAUCAAAAAUCUGUAUCAGAAAAAUCAUCUCCAAGAUCAUCACCCCAACCAGAGGCUAAAAACACCAAUAAUUCUCGCUGUGAUCCAAUCAAAGAUGACUUCAGUCCAGAACGUCAAAGUCGAUCCAAAACGAAAAGAAUUCCAAAACAAAUUAUUGAAUUUAAGUACAAGAAUUUGAGCAAAGUUGAGCUUUUGUAAGAGCGUGAUAUAAAUCAAAACUAACUUCAAUAUUAGAAUACAGAAAGAAAAAUACAUAAUUUAUAUUCUUAAGUACACAAUAGUUAUAUAGGAUCUUUAUCAACUUAGGGCAAGCAUAUCUUAAACAAAAUUCAAAACUUCAAACCACUAAAUAGGUAUCUUUUGAAAAACAAAAUAUUAUUUAAGAAACAAUUUUUUUCUCCGAAAAAGUACAACUCCAAUGAAUAUGUAGGUAUAAAAGAAUUUUAUAGGUUAGAAGUUCAGAACUUUAAAAGAGCAAAAAAUUAAGAAUAAAUUCACUUGUACAUCAAGUUUGACAGGAAUGCAAUCACUUUGACAGUUUGAUAACCAAUAAAACAUUAAUAACAGGUCAGUUUGACAGAAAUGUCAUCAUUUUGACAGUUUGCCUGAAGUUUAAGAUUUUCUGUAAUAACAUAUGAUAAAUAUUUGUAGACAACUGCAGUCCCAAACCAAUCAGAAAUUAACAUUUAGUUUGACGUUUAAGUUGGUCCAACUUGACCUAUGUACAUCAAUAAUGACAGAAAUUGAUAUUUCAGCUAAAAUAUUUGAUUGUAUUAACAAUUCAACCCAAUAAGCUCUGUUAUGAACUUCUUUCUAUAAAAAAAAAACAUUGAUUCCAUGAGGUUAAUUAGUCUUUAAAGUGUGUACGAAACUUUUUCCACAUUUAAGUGCAUUUCUUUGGUAUUAGAGCUGUCAAUUUUUAUGUAGCAAUGCGUUUAUUUUUUCAACACAAAAACCGCUAAUAUGUAUUGUUGUCAGAUCAAAAUUUACAUGAAGAUUGAUUUGUGGUUUUUUGUGACAAUCUGUCACUUUUAUUUCAAAACCGUCUUUAUGUAAAUUUUGAUCAAGCUUUUACAAAGAAUUUUAUUUAUUUGUGUUUGUUUUGUUCUCAACUUGAAAUCUAUAUUUAUUGAAUUUGUCAUUUCCUUAUAUAUUUUUUUUAAUUGAUUUGAGUUAAACUUUAAAAUUGAUUUUCUAAUUUAUCAAUUAUCUUUGUGAGAAUGUGUAAUAAUUGUAAUGUCUAACUUUUGUUUAUUUUCUUUUUUAAUAUUUCCCCCUCUCAUAUCUACGUAAAAUUUUUAGUAGGUAAUUCGAUUUUACUUUUUUCGCGACACCAAGGAUAUUUAUGGAAGAAAAAUAAAAAAAUCAAUUUUAAAUUAAUCUCAAAUUAAGAAUAAAUUAAAUUGUAUUGCGCUGAAUUAUUUUGAAAUGAUGAAUUUAAAAUCAAAUACACAUAAUACAUUUAUUGUUAUUAAGCUAUCUUAUUUAUAAAUAAAACAAGAAAACUAAGAAAACAAACACUUAAUGGAUACUUAAUAAAAUCUAAGAAUUGAUCUAAAUUUUAUCAAAGUGUCAAAAGUCACAAAAUUUAGGGGUCUGUUUCAAUGUAUGUGUUGGUCAUGUCAAAUGCCAACAGCUAUUCAUAACUUCAUACAUUUAAAAAAUUUGAAACAGUCUAAUAAAUUUGUUGGGUUUUGACAUUUCUGAUUUUAAUAUUAUCUGUCAAAUGUUAGAAAGGAUAUUUUCAGAAAGUAAUUGUGUGCAUAAAACUGUUCUGUGUGUUGAAUUUAUCGUUUAAUGAUUAUUAGAGACUUCAUAAAAGUUUCGCUAAAAGAACCUGUCAAAAAUGUUCAUGCUUUUUUUAAAGUCUUUAAUAUUCAUUUAACCUUUAAUUUAAAAUGUUGCUCAAAAGCUCAAGAAAUUUUAACAAAAAUUAUUUGUCUAUGAAGUCUUUUAAAUGUUGUUUUGGAUCGCUGAGAUUUUCAUACGGCUUGAAAAACAAACAGUUCUUACUGUCAGAAGAAUUUGAUUAAUUGUUAGAUGUAAAUUCAAAGUAAAUCUGCGAUUUUUAACAAUGUAAUAAUUUGUACCAAUUUUAAAAAUGUCUGUCAAUUAUUUGAUGUUCAUGUCAUUUUGGAUUCUGUUGUCCUUUUCUUAUAUUAUAAACAAUAGAAUUAUUAAGUAAAGUAAUUGUACAACUCGUGUCUUUUUUAACUAAACAAUAAUUACUUAUUUAAGCUUAAGAACAAAAACAAAAAUGUUUGUCUGAAUGUGAUGAUGAUAAUGUGGUGUUAUUAUAAUUACCAGCUAACCUUAUUCCCUUCCUUUUUCCUCUUACCUUCUUUAUUGUCUUUUGUUUCUUUAAUAUUUUCUUUCAUCAACAAUAAUAAUUAAUAAUUUACUUCCCUCUUAAUAUUGAAAAGAAAUCAGAGACUGAAAUUAAAAUUUAAAAUAAUGAAUGUAAAUUUAUUGAUUGAACUUAAAUUGAUUUUGAGAUUUGGCCAGAAAUUUACAUUCAGCUUGAUUUUUUAAUUGUUUUGUAGAAUGAACAUUAUAUUUUAUAUAUUUUGUUUAUUUUAUAUAGAAAAAAAAAGUUAUUAAAAUUAAAAUCCCUGUUUGACUGUGAUUGUGUGAGAGAGAUUUUUUUCUAAUAAUUAAGCAAUAGAAAAUAAGUAAAUAAAUUAAUAAAGAUGAAAACCUAUUUCUAAGGGGUUUCAUCUUUUCUUUUUGCUUUUUGUAAAUGUCUCGAAUUUGAGAUAUUUUUAUUUUGUACUACUAUUAGGUUAUAGUGUCUUUUUUAUAUGUUAAUUAAAUUUAGUAAGUGUAUAAUUAAGAAUAAACAUUUAUAGAACACAUUGUUCAAGGAAUAAAAUAAAAACAUAAAAAUAAAAAUACAAUAAUUUAUAAACAAA